AUGGCCGACGCCGACUCGGCCAACCCUCAGUUUCUGGAAUGGGUCAAAGAGUGGUUGGAUUUGGCUCGCGAACGCAAUUCCAAAGGCGUUACCACGUACAGGACAGCGUACAACUCGUUGAAAGCAUGUCCGAUUUCCUUUGAACACCCUGCGCAGUUGCAGCAACUCAAAGGUUUCGGUCCAAAACUCUGCGAACGUCUUGAACAGCAAUUGAAGAAACAUUGCGAACAAAAUGGCCUCCCAAUGCCGCCACACCCUAGGUCCCGUAAAGCGGCACCGGUUACUGGCGACGAAAAUGGAGAAGGCUCAUCAAAACCUUCGAAAAAGGCACGCAAACCAAAAGCGUAUGUCCCUGCUCUUCGAUCUGGAGCGUUCGCCUUGGUAGUCGGACUCUCGACCCUGGAUGAAGACACAACUACUGGGAUGACCAAGGCUGAGCUCAUUGAAGUUGCCCAACCAUACUGUGAUGCAUCAUUUUCCGCUCCUAGCGAUCCCACCAAGUUUUACACUGCCUGGAACUCGAUGAAAACUUUGUUACAGAAGGAGCUAGUAUACGAAAGAGGACGGCCAUUGAGGAGAUACGCUUUGACCGACGAAGGAUGGGAAGUUGCCAAGCGUAUAAAGGACACCGACCACUGGCAGGCUGAAAAGGACAGGGCUAAGGAUCCCACCUCAGCACAACCCGUUAUUCCGAACUUCCAGCCUGGAGCUAUUUCUAGGCAAAAGUCGCCUUCUGUGGAGAUCGCCGAACCAGCACAGGCUCUAUCAGAAUAUCAAAAUGUCGUUGCUGAUGGUCCAACAACAUCAGACGAUGCUUCGUUGCCAAAUUUUACUCCAAUACUAUUGCCUCCAGGAACCUUUACCGUUCAGUUAGUCCUGGACGUUCGCGAAGUAAGGGCUAAGACGGACCGCGACUACAUGCAAGAGGAACUUGCAAAACAGGGCGCGAAACCCAUCAUGCGUAGCAUGGAGCUUGGUGAUGCUCAGUGGGUCGCGAAAUGCAACGACCCGAAUCUGCUCUCAUCACAAGGUGCUGAGGGUGACGAGGUCGUGCUGGACUGGAUUGUCGAAAGAAAACGUCUUGAUGAUUUGAUCGGGAGUAUCAAGGAUGGCAGAUUCCAUGAGCAAAAGUUUCGCUUACAACGAUCUGGCGUAAAGAAAGUGAUUUACAUUAUCGAAGAAAUUGGCAUGGACCCCGAGGUGAUUAACAGAUACGCUGAAGCAGUCCGAUCAGCUAUCGCCUCGACCCAAGUAGUUAAUGGCUACUUUGUCAAGAGAACAAACAAGAUGGACGACACAAUCAGAUACCUCACAAGGAUGACCGCUAUGUUGAAACGGACGUACGAGAGUAGGUCCCUGCACGUCAUACCUACCAAGGUCCUUACGUCUCAAAAUUAUCUUCCACUACUGAAGCACCUCAGGGAAUCCAUAUCUCCAGAUUGGUACAUUACCUACCCGGCCUUCUCCUCGCUUGCGUCAAAGUCUGAGUCCAUCACCCUGCGAGAUGUAUUCUUGAAGAUGCUCAUGACUAUCAAGGGAGUCACAGGAGAGAAAGCACUCGAGAUUCAAAAGCGUUGGAAAACACCGUAUGACUUUGUCAAAGCUUUUGAGGCAUGCGGAACUGGUGAGCAGGGUUUGAAGCGCAAGCGAGAGUUGGUGUUUAGUCAAACAAGUCACCUUGUUGGGCGGAAGAAGUUUACGAAGCCGAUGAGCACCAAAAUCGCCGAAGUUUGGGGUGAUGCAUAA